AUGGAGGAGUGCGCUUGCCUCUGCAGUGUGGGCUCUUCGCGGGGAUGUCGCUGUCGCCAGAAGCGCCAGCGCCCAGCUGAGUCGGCAGCAGCCGAGGGGUGUCCUCAGAAGCGCCAGCGCCUCGCUGAGAAGGCAGUGGCCCACGGCAAGCCGGCCCCGGCAGAAAAGCACGUUGAGGCGGACACGGCAGUGCGGUGCUGUGAGGGGAGUGGAGGAAUCGCGAGCCCCAGGCCGCCCCCGCACUGCUCGCUGCAGGACCUGCCGGUGGAGGUGCUGGUGAAGAUCUUUGCCUCGCUCCCCGGCACCGACCUGCCCAGCCUGGCCCAGGCCUGCACCAAAUUCCACCAUAUCCUGCAUAUCGACAGCAUCUGGAGACGGCGCUGCCGCGAGGAGUUUGGCUUUCGUGAAAACUUGCAGAACCUGGAGAUGAUCGGUAUGUCUUAUUCGGAAGUCUAUGCGAAGCUGCUCCACCCACACAGAAACAUUUUGGGAUUGUGGCAGCUAGAUAAUGACUAUGGAAGACUGCUGAAUGUAGUGUUGGAUGGCUUAUGCAUUACUGGUUGGACGUACGGGCCUUCCCUUCGCACCCAUGUGGAUGGCCCAAUACCUUUCAAGCCCUCGUUCAGAAUUCGCCUGACAGAGAGGAAAUCAGCCACGGUGGAGUGCAUGGAAGGCCUCCAUAGCAGGCCCCACAACUGCCACAUGCAGAUUCAGAAGGACAGGUUCACCACCCAGUGCAUCAAGACAGACCACCGAAAGGAUUCACCAACGCGGCUUAGGGAAGAAGUGGGGCUGGUGCUGGAGGACAGACAGCGGUAUGACUGCCUGGCCUACCGCCGCCUCUACCUCCCGCCGAGCCACCCGGACGACCUCAUCAGGCCAGGCCUCUUCCAAAGCAAAUACGAUGCCUUCGGCCUAACGAUUGCCAUGCUCAGCUUCCAUGGGAAGUAUGCCAGGAUCACGAAGGUCAUGGGAAUAGCCAAGACGUUAGCGUUAGAGAUCCACCUCAUGCGCCGCAUCCAGCUGCGAGAUGGCGAGAUCUUCCGCAACUUCCACAAGCUCUCCCGCGUGGUCCAGGAGAUUGAUGAGCAGGUGAUCCGGGAGCAGCAGCAGCAGCAAGAAAACGGGACUGAGGAAAGC